AUGAGACCCAAAUCCCUCAACGGGAAUUGGAGCUCCAGGUUGAAGUUCAAAGCCAAGCUCCGAUUACCCACCGUCGUCAUUUUGUGCUCCUUUUGCUUCAUUGCCGGCUUCUUCAUCUCCUCUCUCUUCUAUCAGGCAUGUAAAGAUGUAGAUGGUGGUGGCAGUUCACCCAGAACGAGGCUGCUGGAAACCGAGUACGAAACGAUGCCGUUUGGGGAGACUGGAGACGGGUCUUUAACUUCAAUGCCCUUCCAGGUGUUGAGCUGGUAUCCAAGAGCGUUAUAUUUUCCUAAUUUUGCUUCUGCGGAGCAAUGUGAGACUAUUAUUGAUUUGGCAAAGCCGGAGCUUAAACCCUCGACGUUGGCUUUGAGAGAUGGAGAGACUGAGGAGAAUACAAAGGGGAUUAGAACAAGUUCUGGGAUGUUUCUUUCGGCUUCUCAAGACAAGUCUGGGACUUUGGAUGUCAUUGAGGAAAAGAUUGCAAGAGCAACAAUGCUUCCCAGGACUCAUGGAGAGGCAUUCAACGUCUUGCGUUAUGAGAUUGGGCAGAAGUAUAAUUCUCAUUAUGAUGCUUUCCACCCAGAUGAAUAUGGUCCACAGCCAAGCCAAAGGGUUGCAUCAUUUUUGUUAUAUUUAACCGAUGUUAAAGAAGGCGGGGAAACAAUGUUUCCGUAUGAGAGCGGCUUGAACCUGGAUGGAAAACAUGAUGCUCAUGAAUGUAUGGGUUUGAGAGUGAAGCCACGCAGAGGAGACGGUCUUCUGUUUUAUUCUUUGCUCCCUAAUGGUACAAUUGAUCCGUUAUCAAUACAUGGGAGUUGCCCUGUAAUCAAAGGCACAAAAUGGGUGGCUACAAAGUGGAUCAGGAAUCAAGUACAAGAGGAUUAAAUAGUUGUAGUAGUCAACACGGUGAACACACAGUAAUGUGAGUGCAAUGCUCAAAUUUUCAUCUUCACU